CCUCAUUAGAUAUUUGACUGUCAAAAUGAGAAAUUUCUGGCGACUUUUUGGGGUUACAGUUUUAGCAAUAGUUCUGACAUUAUCUGAAGCUACUCCUCUUAAUUUCUCUGGCUUUGGAUCCAAAUCUGGCCAUGUAGAUGGAUCGGCUAAUUUCAGCUUUGAGGUAGCUGGGUCUGGUCAGGGACAGGGUCAAGGUUCGGCCACUGGCGGAAGUAGCAUGGUAAAAAGAGACCUCAACAAUCAUGUGCAUACUGCUAAUUGAAAUAUAAUUUUUUUAAAUUUCCAGCAACCAACUCGACCAGCUCAGGAUAAAUCAAAUCAUAAUUAUAUUCUGUAGUUCUUUUUCAAAUCAAAAGGAACAAACGAUUUAGCUUCAGAAAUAUAAAUAAGCAAUAAAUAGACCAGCUUUUUGUCAGAAAAAAUUUAAAAAAAAUUUGAUAGUUUUAUAAGUGAACAGAAAAACAACUAUAAAAGUUUAAAUAGAUAGUUUUAAAUACCUAUACAAAUAUAUUUAAAAAUAA